GAGCUCGGAGUUGUCCCGUUUUUGCAGAGUGGGCGGAGCAGCUGACCCAGAUGGGCCGAGGGAAACAUUUCAUCGGGGAUUUCCUCCCGCCCGACGAGCUGGAAAAGUUCAUGGAGACCUUCAAGGCACUCAAGGAGGGCCGGGAGCCGGAUUAUUCCGAGUACAAGGAAUUCAAGCUGACGGUGGAAAACAUCGGAUACCAAAUGCUGAUGAAAAUGGGAUGGAAGGAAGGAGAGGGACUGGGAUCCGAUGGGCAGGGAAUUAAAAACCCUGUCAGCAAGUGAGUGUCCCUAUGGAUUAUUCCUUCAUUUUUUCUGGGAAUUGCUGCUGGAAUUGCAGCCCAGCUGGGAUUUCUCACCUGAGCAUGGAAAACUCAGCCCAGGAAAAAAUUCCUGAUUUUUUUUUUGGGGGGAGGAUUUUCUCCUGGAUUUGUGGCUGUAGCUGGAAUUGGCUGAGCCCCCAAAUCCUGAAUUUCUGACCCAAAUUUCCACAGGGAAGUGCAGCUCUAAGAAUUCCUGUCUGCACCUCCCCUCUCCCAGGAUUAAAUCCUUAAAAUCAGAAAUUCCUGGAAGUAUUUGCUCUCCUUGGAGUCAUAAUGAAAAUAUCUUAAAAAACGGUGGGAAGCACAUCCAGUAGAGGAUAUUCCAGCCAGGAUCAGAACUUGGUGUGAUCCCACAAGUCUUGAUUUCAUUCCAUGCCCAGAAAUGUUGGGAUU